AUGUUAUCGAAGAGUAUACUAACAUCACAACAACUUACAAAAAGAUUUUUAUCAAGUGAAUCAAAAAAUUUAAUAUUGACUAAAAGUAAAAGAUAUAUGCAAACUAUACCCAUUUCAACAUCAACUUCAUUACCUCCAUCAUUUAUAAAAUCAUCUACUGCACCAUCAUCAAUUAAUGAAAUUACUCAAAAACCAAGAGAAUUGAAAAAACAUAGUCUAUCUUUUUCUGAACAAUCUAAUCAACAAUCACAACCGAUAAGAAGAUCACGAACAUCAAGGUUCAACACUAAAGAAAAAGAUGGUAUAAUAAAUAUAACAUCGGAUCCAGAAAUACAAAAAGCAUCACUGAAAAUAAUACCUGAAACAAAACCAAUAACAACUACAACAACAGAAACACAACCUAAGAAAAAGAGAACCUUACGUCCUAGAAAAGCGUUAAUUACAUUAUCACCCAAUGCAAUUUCCCAUUUAAAACAAUUACUCAACCAACCGCAACCAAAACUUAUAAGAAUAGGUGUAAGGAAUAGAGGAUGUAGUGGAUUAACAUAUAAUUUAGAAUAUGUAGACUCACCUGGAAAAUUUGAUGAAACGGUUGAACAAGAUGGAGUCAAAGUAUUAAUUGAUUCAAAAGCAUUAUUUUCAAUAGUUGGAUCCGAAAUGGAUUGGUUAGAUGAUAAAUUAAGUUCAAGAUUUAUAUUUAAGAAUCCAAAUUCAAAAGGUACUUGUGGAUGUGGUGAAUCUUUCAUGGUAUAA